CCAUCAGCUUCGAGCAGUCAAUUUGUCAAUUCACCUCUAGUUUGGUCGCAGUCGCAACUUUUUAACAUAAAAAUGCAGAACAUUGAUUUAGUCAACCGAGAUCCCAACAACAUCAACGAUCACAUCGGGGUUGAAUUUGAAGAUAUCUUGGCCGAACCUGAUGGUGCUCACAGUAUAGAUUGUGUUUGGAAAGCUUCUUAUUGUUGUUUUAAUUUCUGGAAGAAUUUCUGGUAUAAAUUAGCUACUCUAUGUUGUGGAAUCUGUAUAGCUGCUGAAUGGGGCUGUGAAUUUGCUAGUAUCGCCUUUACUCAUGUUUGGUUUAUUACUCCAUUAUUUAAAGUAUUAGAAAUAGAAUGUGGCUGUUUAAAGAAAUUUUAUGGAAUGUGUGUCCAUUGUUGUUUAGAUCCAUGCUGUGAAUCUGUUGGACUCAUGUGUAAUGCCUUUAAAAAGGAAUAGUGUAUAAUAAUGACCCACAGGAAUGAAUGAAGAACGACCAUUCUUUCUCUAUGGACAACGCGGAUAUUCACUUUUUAGAGCCCCUGGCUCAACAAAAUCUGAACCCUGUGUUCAAUUCAAAGUGUAAAUGAACGGCCAUGUAUACCCGACUGUUCAUCCCAGUUCAAUUAACUUUCAAAUCUAAGAUCAUAAAAUAUUUUGUAAUUUCGUGAUAAGAUAUCUAAUAUAUCUUUGUAAAUAUAAAGUCAAAAUAUUGUGGUCUCAGCUUUGAUAUACAGUUUUUUGAUAAAUGACAUUUAAGUUUCCAUAUUUUUCAUAGAAAUUUGCCAAAACCGUGAUAAAUCUUAUUGUAUAAUGUAUUUAUAUUUUCCUGUUGUCAAUAAUUAUCUUAUUUAUUAAACAAAUUUGAAUUCUCCUUAUUC